AAAAGGCAAAGUCCAUCAUUAAUAUACUAAGAAAAUGUAUGAAUGCAUUGAUUCACUUAAUCCCAUAACAAAAUUUUAAAAUUUCACACACACACUAAAAGAUGCCUGCAAAAAAUAGUCUACUAGUAUUACAUGUUUCUCCUUCAUUUACAGAAGCUUCCAUCAAUAAAUAUAUACCCAAAUUGGUUCUAGUGUAUUGCAGCAAGAAUUCAGCCAAGAAAAACAGUCCAUAUUCAAGAUUCUUCAUUCUUCUUGGGAAAGAGCUUAGAGUGCGCCGUAUUUCUUUCUUCUUUUGGAUGGAGCGUUGGUGAGUGGUGGUGGGAACGACGAACUUAUGUGAGAAUUUCAUCAAAAUCAUGGAGAAGAAGUUUAUGAUCUUGGUGGCAACGCGUUUCUUGUUGAAAGCUUCAAGCAUGAAUGGACUUGAAACUCUUGAACUCUGUGAUCUGUAUACAGAUAGUAGAAGUUGAUGCUGCUGAAGAAUCUGAUGGAGGACAAGCAGCUGAAUUUCGACCAACCAUUUUUAUCCGUGAGGCGACACGCACCACCAACUGUGACCUCUCAGAAACGAGACAACAAGAGAAUCGAUAGCUAUUCCUAUCAAGUAAGACCUCAGCUUCCUACUUAUAGAUCAGAGCUGAAAUCCGGUCCUAUUAGGAAUCCCGGAGCAGUGCCAUUUCUAUGGGAACAUUCCCCAGGACAACCUAAGGAGGAGGCGAAACCACAAACUAGAAGCUCCGACAAACCUCCCAUUGCCCCGAUGCUUCCUCCUGGGAGGUACCCGAAGGCUAAACAGCAUGAUUCUCGUAUUGUUUCUCGGAGAACUACUGGCAUUAAGAGCCAAGCUGUUGAUGCACCGUGUACUAGUGAAGAUAAGAAACAAGAUGUUCCCGUUUCUUGUGAUUCUCGUACUGGUCUGUCUAAUGAUGAAGAUGUGAAGAACGACGAGAGCAGGAAAGAUACACCAAAGGAGGAGGAGGGUGGUUCCGAUUCUGAGGAUAGCAACGAAGCAUAUGUUGAUGCUCGGGAUACACUCUCGAGGACUGAAUACUCUUUCUUGAAUUGUAGCAUGAGCGGCUUAAGUGGAGUGGAAGAUUUAGACGUGAAGUCUUCUGAAAGAUUCUCAACUGAUCCACAAGCUCGCGAGUUUAUGAUGGAUAGGUUCCUCCCUGCUGCCAAGGCUAUGGCUUCGGAGACCCCUCAUGCCCCCAAGAAGCAACCCAUGCAAGUACAGCAGCAGCAGCAGCCGAAGAAAACGACAAAUCAAUGUACUAAGCCUUCACUUCGCUACGGGCCUAGUUUUGCGAAGAAGUAUUCACAUUACCACGAGAAUGAGGAGGAGGAAGAAGAGAGUGAUGAUGAGUAUGAUCAGCAAGCAAAUAUGCGUUCGGUGUGUGGUUUGCUACCCCGUUUUUGCUUGAAGAGUUCGCUUGGCCUUUUAAGCCCUGUUCCUGGAAUGAGCGUGAGGACACGAGUGCCAGCGUCUCCUGCUAAUAGAGGACAGCCUAGAUCUUCAUCGUCUGGUUCUUACACUGAGAUGGAGAAUGAGUCCAUUUCUGGUAGAACAGAGACAAAAUCAAUCGACAAAAUCCAAACGGCUGAACUCGAUGAGGAUAAGGCUACUUCAACAUACAGUGAUGCACCUCUGCCAUUACAUGAACAGAAAGAAGCUCCUUCUGUUCAUGAAGGAAUUACGCAUGGUAAGGGCUUAAAAACCUUUGAGGAGUUCUUGCUUGAUCAUGGAAGCUCAGAUCAGUCAAGUUCAGGAGAUCCUGUCGUUGAGAAAACUGUCUAUGUAGAUACAGUACAUAAGGCGGAAUCACCAAAUUUGAGGCCGUUUUCUCCCAAAACACCGGACUCUCAGAUUGUUCCCAACUUGAUAGAAGAAGAUUCGCCUCACGAAGAUUUGAAGAAGUUGCAUACUGCAGAUGGAGAGACGCAGUUUCUACCAAAAGCUGAGUCCAUUGCAAACCAGGGAAAGGAGAAGCCUCCAGAUUUUGGAGACAAUCGAAAUUUUAGUAUAGAUUCAACAAAUAAAGAUUACUUAGCAGUGACUUUGUAUGGCUCUCAACAGAAUCACUCCGGACUCCCUGCUCCACCACCUCUGCCUAAAUCUCCUUCCGAUUCCUGGCUGUGGCGCACGUUGCCUUCCAUGAACACGAAGAACUCGCCUCUGCGCACGUAUCUUGGUGCGGAAACAGCUCCUGAGAACAAGGCACCUGCAAGUGAUAUGAAGUGGGAAACUAUUGUCAAGACCACAAAGGUGCAGCGUCGUCACAUGCAUUACUCUGAGGAGUCGUUGACAAGUAUACCAGAGACUUGAGAAACGCCAUUCUAGAAGCCAACGCGAUAAGGGUACGGAAUUGACACUGUAUACUUCAUUUCUCUGCUGUUCUUGAGGAGUUAAAAUAUUAUUGAUGGCAAUGGGCUGGGAAGUGUAGCUUUGAUCUCCCAUUUUCUAUCAUGUAAUUACAGUUUAAAUAAAACAUAUUCUUGUGUUAGUUUUACUGGUAUAUAUAUAGAUUAAUAGAUAUGUGUACAAAGAAACUCGAGAUUAGCCAAAUAAAUUAUGAAAGCCUUUCCUAUUUGCA